ACUUUAAUGUCCCUUCUCAUGUAAGUUUCGUUUGGUUCAGCGGAUUUCAUUCUUGGGAUCUCUCUCUCUCUCUCUCUCUCUGAUAUCUUCCUAGAGAGAAUGGCCCAGCAGAUCCAAAUCCCCAUUUUAUCUGCUUUUCCCAUUUUCUCUGAAAGAUUUACUUUUUGAUUUUGGAGCUUUUUUGGGCCAUUUGCUCUGCUUCCGGAUUUCUGGCUUCCCAUUCGGCGGUUUUUGUUUUUCUUCAUUUUGUUUCUGCUACUUAGCAAGCUUCGAGGUACAAUGAGUGGUGAUUCCGUUGUUGGGUUUUGGAGAGGUGACUAGAAUUAGAUUUCUUCUUCGGUUCCGAAGGACGAUUCCGAUUUGAGUCAGUGACUAAUGUACUCGAGUUCAGUAGUAUCGGCAUUUUUCUUCACUCGCUUUGUAAGAGCGUUCCAGUUGCAAAAGAGAGGUUUCAAUUAAUGUCAUAAAUUAAUAUACUUUUUCCGGGUUAUCGGACGAUUUUGAUUGAAGUUGCUUUCAGUUUUUCCCCAAGAGCAAAUCAGCAGGUCUUGUUCUUAAUUUCGGAGGAUGAGAACUAUCGUUUUUGGUGGCUUAUUCAUUGUGAUGGAUUCUUUGGGCAUCUGGUUCUGCUGCAAAAGGUGAUUUGCUGGUUUUCAUUCAAUUGGAGCUGAGGGUACCAUGUUAUAAAUUGUUAUCUCUACAUGUUCCAUGAUGGCAUUGUUGGGUAUGGGUGCAAAUGUGCAAUGCAAUGGCACAGUCCCAGGAUAUCACUCUCAUAGGGGCCUCAUCUUUGGCACAGAAGGCAGCACAAGGACCUCAUCUAAUAAUAACAUUGAAAUACCGAAUGAUCACUCGAGCAAUGGUUCCUUGCCAGUAUCAUCACUGGUUUACCAUUUAGAAUACAAUAAGGAACUAGUGAAACAGACAAUACUCAAGCAUGAAGCCAUGUUUAGGGAACAAAUUCAAGAGCUGCACCGUCUUUACAAGAGACAGAAGGAACUAAUGGAUGACAUUAAAAGGAGUUCUGAUAAGCAUUUAAGUUCGGGGACAUCAUGGUCAAGUUCUUUCCCAUCUCAUGUAUCUUCUAAAACGCCUUACUUGCCAUUGUCUACUGGUCAAACAUCUGCUAUAGCUGCUGAAAGCAUCCAGAUGUCACUGGGCUCUGGGAAAGAAAACAGCAGGCAAAUAUAUUCUGCUUCUGCUCUAUUUCCAACCGAAGGAUGUUCAAAAGAUUUCAAACCAUCACAUUCUGAAAACAGGAAAGCUGGCAAUAAAUUAUUGGAUCUCCAUCUUUCUGCUGAUGACUACAUUGAUAGUGAAAAAACCAAGUCUUUGGAAGAUGAAAUGGUUUCCAAAUUGCCCAUGGUUUCAGCUUAUGCUUUAGAAGGGGUUUCUCAGGCUGUUGUAACAGUGAUAAGAGACCAUAUGGAGCUAACUCUAAUGGUUUUAGCAAUUUAAAUGAACCAUUUCAACUCAUGAAAGAGGCAACUGUAAAGUCUGAUGAUCUAAAUGGCCCUACCAGUCACAGGAAGGGCACCUUUCAUGAUCUGUCCAUGAGAAGGGGUCAUAAUAUCUCCAAUGAUGUACUCUGGAAUCCUUAUAAAAGACAGGAUCAUGAAGUCUGUUCAGACAACCAACCCUUAGGGAAGGAGAAGAAACAGGAACGACUGUACCAUAUGAUAAAUGCUGAUCAAAUUAACCAAAGUCCCUGGAGGGAAAGAAAGUUUUCUGGCGGAGAGUGCUUUGUAGGAACAACGAAGGGUCCAAUGAGUGCCAGCUUGCUUGGACCAAGCAGUGAUCCUUAUAUGCUCUUCUCUGGGCCAGAUGUGAUAAGUUCCAGGAUUCCUCCACGAGUUUUUUUGAGAACAUCUGGAGCUGACACAGUUGAAAACCAAACAGUAGUUCAAGCACUGCCUCAUUUUAGCACCUCUGAACUGUUUGAUCAGAGGUCUAAGCCAUUGACAAGGCUACCUGGGCCUACUGGAGAUGAGUUAUAUGGGUGUACAAAUAUUAAAUGUGGCUUUCAUUUGGAUCGCCAAAACUUUCUUCAGAGCUGCUUUUCCGGUGGAUCCAAAACAUCUGAUGCACCAUCAUUUCUUACCAACAAUCUAAACGGCUUUGCCAAUCAAAGCUCACCAACCAGCCAUGAGCUUAGGAAGUGUGUUAAGGAUUCUGAAGAUGUGGAGACUUCUAAUAACAUAAACUUAAAUGUUAUGCCUGCAAAUAUUUCUGAAACAGCAGCAUUUCAAAACGUUAAAGAAGAUCUUUUACCCAAAGGAAAACCCUGUGAAGAAAAUAAAAUCUCUACCGGGACGGACUCUUUCCUUUUGAAACCUUGUCAUUCUGGAAUUACACAUGGGUUUGAAUUAAUGAAUACUGAGGCAAGAGACUGUAGUAGAAAGGAGAUCCAUGCACGUAACAUUAAUGUAGAUCUGGAGGCUUCCUCAGAGCAGCAUUCUUUUCAUGCUUCCCCCUCCACAGUCUGUCAGGACCAAACAAAAAACAAGAAGAUUGAGGAAAUUGAGAAGGGCUGUGUAUCUGAUAUUGAGUUACCUCGUAAUCAUGUGCCUGGCUUUGGAGAUCAGAUAACUUCUGGAGAGAAUUUGACAAAGAAUGAACGGGAAAGAAAACUUAAUUGUGGAGCAGGUAUCAUUGACUUAAAUAUAUCCAUGAAUGAGGAUGAGAACUCGCCUGUUGAUAUUGAUUUUCAGGCACCUGUGAGUCCUGAAAACAAGGAAUCUUCUCCACCCAGAGGAGAAUCUGAUGAAAACCAGCUUGAGACGCAAUAUCGAUUGGCAGGACAAGAGUGUUCUGAGUUGCAACUAGAGGAAGUCAGAGUUGCAGCAGAGGCUUUGGUGUCUAUAUCAGAAUCUGUGGGCCAUAACGAUCUCCAAAUGAUCACCUGUGCGCCUUCUGAAUCUUUUAUGAGUAGUCCUCUUCAUUGGUUCGCCGUAAUUGCCUCCUCAGUAAUUGAUCAUCCUGGGAAUGGCAUUAAGGCAGAUUUCACUGGUAAUGGCAGUGAUCAUGAGGAGUUUCUUCCAGCUGGCAUUGAUUACUUUGAGGCUAUGACCUUAAACUUGACUGAAACUAAGUUCUUAGACUGCUGCAGAAAGAGCAGUGGCCUGAAAGAGGAAGAAGGUGGAUCUACUUCGCCAACUCGGCCAAGGAAGGGAUGGGCAAAUAAGGCAAAGCGGCAAAAGGACUUUCAAAGUGAAAUUCUACCAAGUCUCACCUCUCUGUCUAGAUAUGAGGUCACCGAGGAUCUUCAAACCAUUGGGGGUCUAAUGGAAGCUGCUGGUGCUCACUCAGGAAGAGUUUCUCUAAGAGGUGCGGGCAGAAAUGCAUUGGCCAGAGGAAGGAGAAGGUCCACUGCUUUGGUUUCCAACAAUACAGGCUUGCUUUUGAAGCAGCAGCUAACUAGUGGCGUUGAAUUGGGAAUUGAGAAAAGAGGUUUAAUCAGCUGGGGAAAGGGAAACCGAAAGCCUAGGGGAAAGAGAUAUCCUGCCAGAGAUCCUCAGGUUUUUUGGGGCCAAGUAUGUUAUAAACGAAUCUAAAACAGUGGAUUUUGAAUGAGUUUCAAGAUCGUCCUGUAAAUUCCUUCAUAAAUAAUAAUGUAUACAUGUUAACAGAUAGAUAGGAAAAAAUCGUGUAUAUUUUUGGUUGGAGAUGUAAGAACUUUUUUCCAUCUGGCUUGCUUGAUGGAUGAUCCAAUUGGUUACCCUGUUGUUUGA